CCAAUUCUCCAGGCCGCCAUUAAAACCCUCCUCCCUAGCCUUCCCUAUGUCUUCUCCGAUUCCAAUCAACUGAGUUUUUUUCUUAAUCUCUUCUAUGGCCAAAGAAAUUGAUCGAAUCAAAGGUCCGUGGAGCCCUGAAGAAGACGACGCCCUUCAGAAAUUGGUUCAUAAAUACGGCCCUCGCAACUGGUCCUUGAUUAGCAAAUCCAUUCCCGGCCGCUCCGGCAAGUCCUGCCGUCUCCGGUGGUGCAACCAGCUCUCGCCGCAGGUGGAGCACCGAGCCUUCACGCCGGAGGAAGAUGAGACGAUCAUUAACGCUCAAGCUUUGUACGGAAACAAAUGGGCUACCAUCGCCAGGCUUCUUUCCGGCCGGACCGAUAACGCCAUUAAGAACCACUGGAACUCAACCUUGAAACGGAAGUGCUCGUCCAUGGCUGACGAGAGCGGGGGUUGUAAUAACAGUACCCCGCCGUUGAAGAGAUCGGUUUCUGCAGGUCUUUAUAUUUCUCCGAAUAGUCCUUCUGGAUCCGAUGUUAGCGAUUCCGGGUUCUUCCCCGCCGUGUCGUCCUCCCAUGUGUACCGACCAGUGGCUAGAACCGGCGGCGUUUUGCCUCCCGGCGAAACGGCGUCGUCUUCGGAUGACCCACCGACAUCAUUGUCGUUGUCACUUCCGGGUGCGGACUCAUCGGAGGUUAAUUUUGUGGCAAAUUCUGUGCCGGCAAUGGCUGGCGUUUCUGAGAGACAGAGUACGGCCUUACCGUAUUCGGCACCGGCGAAUGGACAAGAAGGAAUUUCAGGGGUAAAGGAUGAGAGGAAUAAUAAUGGAUUUGGGAUUCUUAACUCGGAAUUAAUGGCGGUGAUGCAGGAGAUGAUAAGGAAGGAGGUGAGAAACUACAUGACUGGAUUAAUGGAACAGAAGGUUGGCGGCGGUGGGGGUGGCGGAGUUUGUUUUCAGCAAGCUGCGGCCGGUGGGUUUAGAAACGUCGUCGUUCAGAGGAUUGGGGUCAACAAGAUUGACUAAGGAAGUUACUUUUGUGAAUCCAAAGAGAGUGUUUGGAUGGUGGGAAAAUUUGGGGAUUUUGAUGAAUGAAGAAGAACAACAACAACAAGAAAAGAAGGUGGUGGGUUUAUUUGGAUGAUGAAGAAGAAGAAGAUGGUGAAUCAGAGAGUUUCAAAAACCAUUUGGAACUGAAACUUUUGAAUCUGUUCCUCCUUAGUUUUUCCUUUUUAAUAUAUAUACAUAAAUUUUGACAAGAAAAAGCAAAAAAUCAAAACAAAAAAUGAAGAAAGAAUCAAAUGUAGAUGAAUUUUAAUCCUAAAGUUUUUUAUUCUCUUGA